CUAAACGCUUUCACUCGUGUGAAGACGUCUAAAGCAGCAGGUGGGAGAAUGGCAGCAUAGGAGCCUCUACACAAACGUACAAAACAAACACAAACAUGGCCUUGGAACAGCCACAUGGGAUCUUUGGAAAGGUCACUACUGUAUUUGCAACAAAGCUUAAGUCUUUUUCCUUUGUGCCGCUUCUGAAAAGAUUGCCUGUUGAGAACCGAGUAAUACCAACCUGGACGAAGGAACCAAAGAUCUCACAAGAGCCAGGGGAUUCUGAAUUAAGCAAGACUGAUACAGGCAUCUACAAAACUGAAGUUUACAACCAAGACCAUGAUGAGGAGGAGGAGCUUGGAGAAACGUUUAAGAUGACGAUUCAAAGUGAGAUACAGUCAACUGACUAUUUACAACCUAACUCACCCACCAAGCUAGCUGGGCCUUAUGUUGAAUCUGAUAGCAUAACUCCCAAGCCUAGCCCUGUCCCCAUGGAAACCAUUGAUAACAAACACCAUGGUAUUUCUCAUCUAGGCUUUCACAACAUUUCAGUGGGUGCUGAGUUCAGGCCUGGUCUGGUUUUUAAUAGCCCAUCCCAAAGAGAGGAGGUCCUUAGCCCUGUCAGCUCUAUUGACUUCUUCACAUCCCCUACUUCCUCUAAGGAGUCCAUUCUCUCUGAGGGCUGGGACAAGGAGAGGAGUUGGUCAGCACUUCACAUGUUGUCACGCGAUGCUUCUCCUGCCCUUCUUAGUCGAACCCUCUCCCCAUGUUCUUCUAUAAGAUCUGGGGCCUUCACACCCUCAGUGGUGAGAAUUAAGCGGCAUGCCUUGGCUCCGGGUUCCAGCCUGCUGCAGAUGUCACCCACUUGCGGAACACCUUCUUGUGACAGUCGAACAACCUCACCUUGUCCAUUGUCGCCCCGUGCCAGACACAGGCCCCCACCGUCCCAGCUCUCCCUGCUGACGGCCAUCCUCCGGAAAGGUCGACUGCCUGUCCUGUCCUCUGCUUUUGAGAGACCCUACACUCCAUGCUGGCCUAUUACUUCAGUUAGCAUGUCAUCCUGUUUAGCGUGUUCAGCUGCUUCUGCUGUCGCACCCAUAAACGUGUCCAAAGCAAAGACUUGUUCCUCUGUAGAUAGACCCUGUAGAGAGUCUCGCCAGAAUCUGCCUGACCACAGUUCUCUGACAAUAACGUCAUUAGCCAGUGCACCUGACAAAGGGCCACCGAAAUUACCAGAAAGACUUAUCUCUUGCCAACAUGUUGCCGGGAGUAGUAGCAUCGCCUUACCCACAGAAUGCAGUCAUUUGACUUCAAGAAAACCAGGUCACAAGGACAAUUGUUUACCUACAGCUCCUGGCCCUCUCUCUUGUACCUCCUUUUCCCACAUAAGGUCCUUGUCUCCUAAAUCAAACACUUUAUACUGUUGCAGCUCUGACAAGCCUCCAUCAACUUCAUGGGAUCGCAUUGCUUCUGUGGAUCCUAAUAAGUCUUUUGCCUCGUUCAUUUUAAGCGAUGACCUAAAAUCACACACUUUGUCUGAAAAAGAUUUGUUAACACUAAACCAGGGACAGCAGUCAUCUGAUCUGUCUGCUGAGCUAUCUCUAAAAGACAAAGGAAGUUCAUCUGACCAUUUUGUUACAUAUUCAUCAAAACCCGCUCGUAGCUUAUGUGAAACUUCCUUCUUUCCAACUCCGAAAUCACGUGAAUCACAUGAUAACUCUUCACCCAUGGAUUUAAGCCACACAAUGAACAAACCAGAUACCCUCCACCAAAAUGGCCACAAAAGUGAUGUUGAAAGAGUAUGCCUGUCAUCCCCAGCAUUUAGGCAGUCUCCCUCUUCCAGACCUGUAGGUCUCACCUGUCUGUCCUAUACCCCUCCAACUUCUCCUGCUUAUCCCUCUGCCCAACUGUACUCCUCCACCCCUGAGCGCUGCACCCGUUCCCCAGGAGUCCCAAGCCGUCCGUUUUCCACUUCACCCUCAUACUCUCUCUGUUCAUCACCCUCUCCUUCCUUAUGGAGUAGCUCAUCAGACUGCACAGACGGUAAAAAUAGAAAGACAUACAAGAUCAAAUCCACUUAUAAGGCACUCGCCGCUAUUCCUACAAAUACGCUACUUCAGGAACAGCAGGCCAUAGAUGAUGAUGUCAACAAAAAUGAGGCUUCCUUCAGUGUAGCGAACAGCUAUGCGUGGGAGGACCCGCAUUCAGAGAUGUGUUCCCCAGCACAACUGCGUCAGCAGUCUGCAGAACUGUAUGCCACCAUUGACCAAGUUCUAGAAGACCCAAUUCAAGAACAUCAAUCACACCAUGUGAAAAAAGCCACUGAGUGGUCUACGGCAGCAGAGGCACCAUGGCCACAGACAUCAUCGCCAUCUCCAAAACCGUUGGGAAGGGAAACAAAAUAUGCAAAGCCUCACCUUCAAAACUCUGCAUUGACUGCUAAAACUCUGACAAAGCCUGGAGUUAUUAAACCUGUCACUGUAAUAUGCAGAUUAACAGACAAUAAGGAUGUUGAAGAAUUACACCCAAAACCCUUCAUAAGCUCUCAAGAGAGCUCUCCCUCUCAGUAUCAAUACAGGUUUGUCAGAAACACAGUCUUUGGUGCAGAAAGCAGAAGUUCAUCAGACCAGAAGUCAGAUGGCAGAGCGGGACCCUCUCCCGAAAGACAAGAAGACUCAAAGACAAUCCUUGCUCCUCUGAUCACGCAGAGAAAGAGCUCCCCGAACAAUGUUCAGACCUCCAUCAACACCCUUGAGAGACAUUUGAAGCUUUAUAAGAACACCUGAUCUGAAAGUAACUGUGACUACACCUCAAAUCAUUAACUCACAACUUACAGUACAUUUAAUCUAUACAUUUUCUGUUGUUUA